AUGGUCCGUCUCAGCAAUCUCGUGAGCUGCCUCGGCCUGGCCUCCGCGGUCACCGCAGCAGUGGUCGAUCUCGUCCCCAAGAACUUCGACGACGUCGUCCUCAAGUCCGGCAAGCCCGCUCUGGUUGAAUUCUUCGCUCCCUGGUGCGGCCACUGCAAGAACCUCGCGCCCGUGUAUGAAGAGCUGGGCCAGGCAUUCGCCCAUGCCUCCGACAAGGUCACCGUCGGCAAGGUUGAUGCGGACGAGCACCGCGACUUGGGCCGCAAGUUCGGUGUCCAGGGAUUCCCCACGCUAAAGUGGUUCGACGGAAAGAGUGACGAGCCGGAGGAUUACAAGGGUGGUCGUGAUUUGGAGAGUCUGUCUUCGUUCAUCUCUGAGAAGACGGGCGUCAAGCCCCGUGGUCCUAAGAAGGAGCCCAGCAAGGUGGAGAUGCUGAACGACGCGACUUUCAAGGGCGCUGUUGGUGGCGAUAAUGAUGUUCUGGUUGCGUUCACCGCGCCGUGGUGUGGACACUGCAAGAACCUCGCUCCUACCUGGGAAGCCCUGGCCAACGACUUCGUCCUCGAGCCCAACGUUGUGAUCGCCAAGGUCGACGCCGACGCUGAGAACGGCAAGGCCACCGCCAGAGAGCAGGGCGUGUCCGGAUACCCCACCAUCAAGUUCUUCCCCAAGGGCUCUACGGAAUCUGUUCCCUAUGAGGGUGCCCGCUCUGAGCAGGCCUUCAUUGACUUCCUCAACGAGAAGACCGGCACCCACCGUACCGUUGGCGGCGGACUCGACACCAAGGCCGGCACCAUUGCUAGCCUGGACGAGCUGAUUGCCAGCACUUCUGCUGCUGACCUGGCCGCCGCAGUCAAGAAGGCUGCUACGGAGCUUAAGGACAAGUACGCUCAGUACUACGUCAAGGUUGCGGACAAGCUGAGCCAGAACGCCGAGUAUGCCGCUAAGGAGCUUGCUCGUCUGGAGAAGAUCCUGGCCAAGGGUGGAUCGGCCCCUGAGAAGGUGGAUGACCUUAUCUCCCGCAGCAACAUCCUUCGCAAGUUUGUUGGUGAGGAGAAGGAGGCCAAGGAUGAGCUGUAG